AUGGAGCAAGUCGCCUCAGAAGUCUCUUAUGCAGGAUGGCAUAUUGUCCUUUCCUUCUUCACGUCCUUGGUUGGAUGUGUAACCACGUUGGAACUGCUUCAGCGCCGGACAUCUACCAAAGGCGUCUAUAAUUGGUUUAUGCUAUUUGGCGCUGCAAUCACCAUGGGCGGCUUUGGUAUUUGGGCCAUGCACUUCGUAGCAGGCAAUAGAGCUAUUGUACUGGAGCGUGGUGACCCACAACGCCAAAUCUUGUACAAUCCUGGCUUUACGGCACUCUCCUUUUUCAUCCCCAUAAUCGUAUUAGUCUUCGCCUUCUAUACUCUCGGAGUCACCGAUCGAGCGCGUCAAUUGCACGUCGCCGUCGCUGCAUGUCUGACCGGAGCUGCUGUUUGUGGCAUGCACUACCUUGGACAGUUGGGUAUCGAGAAUUAUCAUUGUUCCUAUCGUGUCCAAAAUGUCAUAGGGGCAGCCAUCAUCUCAGUCAUUGCAAGUUAUGUUGCUCUGAGUGUCUUCUUUCGACUAAGGGAGGCCUGGACUGAUAGCUGGUGGAAAAGGUCCUUGUGCGGUGCAGUAUUAGCUGUUGCUGUGUCAGGAAUGCAUUGGACUGCUGCUGCAGGGACCAUCUAUCACUGGAAAGGUGAUAUAAUGGUCCAUGGGAAUUCCAAGUUAAAGACUUCAAUUAUCGCCUCUUCACUAUCGAUCGGGUCCUGUCUGAUGCUUCUGGUAGUAGCUGUUAUCAGAAGUCACAAUAGGAGAUCUGCGAGGAUCAAAGCUCAACGUCUCGUGUUGGCUUGCGCUUAUUUCGACGAAAAUGGCCAUUUGAUGGUCACCCAAGAAGGUGUUCUUCUAAGCGAGAAGAUAACUAACCAGUAUGUGGAGAAGACCUUCGGAGAAGAUGAACUCAGCAGAUCUCGGUCAACAUUUCUAUGGGUUUUCAAAGCCUCUCGAAAUUGGUCCAUCUUAAAAGAGCUUAUCCCUAGCAUGAAAGAAUAUCUGGAAACUGAUCCCACAGCACGGAGAUAUCGUCCAGGACACUCUACGCCCACUUUGCAAGAUGAAUCCAGCGAAUCAUCCAUCAGUUUUGCGCCAAUAUUCAAACAGCUAUUUUGUGUGGCCGCUCAACAGCUCGCCGCCCUCGUUCACGAGCCUCUUGAAAAAAUAGGCACUUUGUUCGAAGAACCACUAGACACGGGAGCUAUCAUCGUGUCGACCUCUACCAGACUUCUCGAUGCAGGCUCGACCAAAAAUUUGAGCACCACUGAACCUGAGGCUGGAUCUGAAUCUCAAGCCAUAACGAGAGGCAAAUACUUCUUUCUGACUCGCCAGUUGAAUCGAUCUGAGGUUGCCAGAUUUGCAUCACUAGGCUAUCGAUUUGCCAGUAUUGGACAAAUAGCGGAGCCACUCGCUAAGAGUAUGCAAGUCAAUCGAGACAACAUGGUGGCUCAUAUCGAACGCAUGAGGCUAAGUUCUUCACCUGAACAUCUUCUUCAACCCGGACUACACCUGGCCUGUUUCAUGCUUCGCCCAAGUAUGUACAAGAGUUUCGAUGUUUUGGUCCCAAAAUUGAGACAGAACCAGCUGCCGUACGCAACUGUACACUCAUCUGCCUUUUCACAGGGGCAAAUGAAAUCAUUGCGAGCGUUCGAUGAUUUGCCGGUCAGAGAAGUCAUGAGAGUACUGGCCAAUCCUUCUACGGGGUUGGAGCUCAGAGAAGAGAGCCGUUGGCAGCUCUACAAUGCGUUUGUGAAGCUGUUAGAAAUUAUGGGGGACACAGAUACCAUGAUGCAAGCCAAGUUCUCGACCAAGGAAUUUCACCUUCCUUGUCGAGGCGGCUCUGACACAACGCAAAACAGCUGUACGUUUCUUACAGUACGUGUGAUAAGGAAUAUACAUGCUUCUUCAGCAAGGAAAGAUCUCACUUACAUCCCUUUGGCAUUUUUCAGUGCUCAGCAGCGGGUGGAAGCACUGGAUGCUCAAGACUCCAUCUUUGCACUGAAAGUUCGAGGAGAAUUCGGUCACUUGCUCCAAGGCGAACCAGAGAAGCGCAAUGGCCCAAACAGUAACCGAGCAUCCCGUAAGUCGAGUCUAACUGAGGCGGGAGGGAUGUUUGGGCCUCCAAAAUGGUCACCAAAAUACAAAAAUCCAUUAGCACAUUUUAGGAGAAGUCGUCGAAGUGACGAAGCUACAAUAUUUGAUCACAACAGAACGACAGAGGAUGAGUCAGAUGUUGAGUUGAGUGGAAUUCGUUCUAUGGACGGUGGCACCAUCUCGCCUGUGGAGCCACAGACACCUACGACGCAAUGCGACAUGCUGGAUCUCAGGACGGAAGAAAAUGAGCGAGCCGGGUGGGUUACGGAGCUGUUUGCUUUAUUUCGACUUGGAUUAGAUGGUUGGGGCUCGGCCCGUCGUGGAGGUUGGAAAUGGGAUAUCAAUGUGGAAAACUCGUUCGAGGUCAGGACUAAGGAUCAACGGCCUGAGCCAUGCGGCCACGCAUAG